UGUUGUCUGCCGCCAUAUUGAAGUAUUAGUCGUGAGGGCUACUCAGCCAGAUUUCUUUCUCCAAUUUCUUUUACGAUGGAGAAUCUUUAUGGAAUAGGUAUUACCAAUCGGUAUCAAUUGUUUUUAAAUGAAGAUGAAGAUCCGUUAGAAGUACUUAAGUCCCAAGAGCAAGAGAAAGAGUUGAAGAAGAAAUCCAAGCUCUCGGAAAAAGAAAACAAGGGCAAGCAGCAAGAGAUCAAAGGAAAACCUGCUGUUGCUUCAAGGAAAGGAAUCAAAGAAACUCAGAACAUUAAGUCCCAAGAUCAACAACAUAAAGUGAAAGAUGAGAACGUGAAACCUAAAGGACCUCCAAGAACUGAACGUGAACGUAGAUUUAAUACUGAGAAUCGUGAGGAGCGAAACAAUCAAAGAAACCGACCAGACAAGCCACCCGGAACAGGCAGUGAUUUUCACAGGGAGGAUCGUGGAGGUGAGAGGAGACCUGAGAGGCGCCAAGGUCCGAGGGAGGAAAGGGAAGGAAACCGAGGAGAUGGAGGCAGAGGCACUGGACGAGGCAUGGGCCGUGGUCGUGGAAGAGGAGGCAGAGGUGGUUUCGAUGGACGUGGCAAGCGCGAGUUUGAUAGACAGUCUGGCUCUGACAAAACGGACUUGGAAAUCAACCGGCCUAAUGAAGAAGCAUGGGAGAUGAGAGAGAAAACUGACGUUGAAGUACCUCCGCCUGAAGUCACUGACAAGGAAACUGCUGAAGGACAGAAUGGAGUUGGUAGCGGUGAAGAAGGUGAGACCCCAGCUAACGUAGAAGAGGAACGCAAGGAACUGACAUUGGAUGAGUGGAAGGCACUGAAGGGAAGCCGCUCUAAGCCUACAUAUAACUUGCGAAAGGCCGGGGAAGGUGAAGACUUGUCUCAGUGGAAGAAAAUGUAUGCUCUCAACAAAAAGAAGGAAGAGGAAGAAGAAGAGGAGGAGGAGGAAUAUGACAGUUCUGACUACCCUCAGCGUGUUGGUCGUCAGAAACACAUCCUGGACAUUGAGUUCACUUUUGCAGACUCUCGUAUUGGCAGGGGUGGCCGUGGAGGUAGAGGUGGUGGUCGCGGUGCUCCCAGGGGAGGACAACGCGGCCCUCCUCGUGGCAACAGUUCUGACAAUGCCCCUGGCCCUCGAGAUGCUGACAGGGAGGCAGCUGGUGGUGGUGGUACCUUCGGAGGGCCGCGUAGUUCCCGCCCCAUCGCUAACAAGAGCCGAGACCGUGAGCGUGACAGAGACCAGAACCCCGGUACUUACGCUCAGCGUCAACAACAGAAUCGUCAAAGUGCUCCAAAAGUUGAUGAUGAGCAUGACUUCCCAUCUCUUGGUUAAAUGCCUGCUUACUAGUCAUAUAAGUGUCAACUGUAUUAAUGAUAUUCAAAUUAUCGUUUCCUGCUCAUGAGUAUGUUACAAAUCAUUUGUUAAACGUGUCUGAAAUGAAGGAACUGGCUUCUGUCCGAGAUUGACUGUCCCACUUAAGCAGGCACUGUAAUUUUUAACCGAUGUACAUUUUGUAUGCUUAUUAUUUUGUUAUGAUCGCUUCGGAUCGGUUAUUGAGUGUUAGUUUUUUUUUGUUGGUUAGAAAGAUAAUGUUCAGUUACUGUUAUGAUAUUUAAUCAUAGUAAUAAAUCUAUAAUUUUAAUAUUUUGUAACUACUUAGGUAAAUUAACUAUAUCACACUUUCAGUUGCAGGUAGGCAGAGUCUUAGGCGUUAAUGUUGUUGGUUAAACUAUUUUGUGUUUGCCGUUUUAAAAGGACUUUUAUCAAAUAAUCAAAGAUGUUAAUAUUGUAAAACUUAAGACAAAGUCAACUAUUAAUAAUUAAGCUAUUUGACAUGUCUUUUUGUAUUAAUAUUAGUAUCUUUAGCUUUGUUUUCCAAAAACAAAAAUACUGUUACCCUGGUGAAAAUUUAACACCACCCACAAUCAUAAUAAGAUAAUUAUCUAGUGUUGUUCAAAUAAAGCAUGCAAAACUAGUGUUUUGUAGUUUCUUUUAAUUUAGUUUAUACGUCUUACAGGUUAGUGGAUCUUUCUCUAAGAAGUGAAGAUAUUACAAUUUUGUUUUAUGGGUAUCUGUUUUGUAUUCCUUUUAUGGACAAUUAAAAGUUCAUAUUUGUCAAAUGGAUUAAUACAAUAUACCAACAGACCCCCACUUUUAAUGUUGCAAUCAAAACAAGACAAACUGUUUUUUGAUUCAUCCAUUAUAGAUAGAUACUUUUUAAUCAUUCAAAAACAUCUAUUUGUAUCUAGGGUGUCAUAGAUUGAGUAAACCAACGUUGCUAAAUCAUGAAAGAAAUCUGGCUUUUAAAUUGCACAAAACACUAGAUGAUUCCAAUUAGUUUCUUCAUGCAUUGUUGAUUACAUAAUAAUGGAAAUGAAGUGGUAAUAGUAUAUUACGUUACUAGUCCUGAAAAUAGGUGUUUACCGGACGAGUGUGGUCGUUCCCAUGCGAGACAGAAGUCUAUUACAGGAUUACCAUAUGAGUCCGGUAAACAAAAUUUGGACGAGUGACGUACGAUAUUUUAUGCCAUACUACUAAAUCUAUACAAAUCUUUAUAUAUACCACCGACUAAAGGACUAACAAUCGCUAGUCAUAACCUCUAAGAGAGGUUAUGUUUUUGUUUAGUACCACUCAUUGCCAAAUACAGUAUAAUCAGCUGUUUGGUGUCCGGUAAAACUCGUUACAGUACAGUAGUACGUAAUGAACCCCCAUUUGAUUAAGCUGGUGGCAAACAGCUGUUUUCUGGACUAAAUCCUUGCGUGGGAAGUUCGUCAAAAUAGUGUAGUGUGGCGUAAAAUUCUUUACAAUAAAUUAAUUAAGGUCCUAAAGGAAAGUUUUUAGCUACGAAUUUGUUUAGUAAACUGCUCUAAUUUGUGUCUCUUUCUAAAUGUCAAUCUCUUAAGAUUAAAAAAAAAUGUUUACUCUUUUUAUGGGUUGCCUAAAAAAAGUUAACGUUUAGUUGCUUACACCCAGUAGUUGAGCUAGAGGUUCGGGCUUGAAUCCUGCAGCUGCACUCAGGCAAGGACAAUUUUCUCGAUCUUAAGGAACUAUGAUGAUGUAGAUUAGUUAAAAAAUUGAUUCACCUAUAGACUAUUAACUACCGACAGUUGUUGAAGUACUUUUCUAGAUACCGUGAUAAUAUCAUCAUUUUACCAUUAACAUUUGUUUUGUCUGUCAAGGCCUAUAGUCCCUAAGCAGUUGCUAACUAUAAUCCACCAAAUGUCAACUCUAUAACAGCUAUACAAAAUGGAUCCCUGGAUUAAAGUAACCUAGCCUGUAUAUCCUUAUAACGUGUGAUAAAUCUUACUUACACUUAAAAAAAUCUCAUAGCCUUCUCUGUUUUUGUUUGGGACUAUCAAUUAAAGUAAUUGUUCCGAAAAAAAAAUCAUUAUUAAUAAAGAACCUGGUGUACUCUACAGUGAUCAGAUAUUGAAUGGCAUGAGAAAAAUUGCAUGAUGCCAGCAUACCAGCAUGAAUACCAUUUGAAAACUAUACCAUUUGUUGCAUGAUACCAGCAUAAAAAUAAUGGCAUUGCCUCUGUUAUAUAAACCGUUGUUAGUUUUCCAGUGGUAGAUGUCUUUGGAGAAUCGGAAAUUUAUUUGAUUAUAAACCAAUAUCUGUUGCUUAGCAUUUAUAUUUUUUUCUCUAGGUUGCCUCUGAUGCCUAAGGGUUUUUUUUUUUAAUUUUGUUUUAUUAAAAAGUAAUCAAUUUUAUGAUUUAUCUGCAUAAUACUAUAUUACGUUACUAGUCCAGAAAAUAGGUUUUUACUGGACGAUUGUGGUCGUUCCCGUGCAAGACGAAGUCGAGUGCGGGAUUACCAUACGGGUCCGGUAAACACAUUUUGGACGAGUGGCGUACGAUAUUUUACGCCAUUCUACUCUAAGCUAACGUAACGAUAAAAAAACUGUACAAAUCCUUAUAUAUUCUUACUGACUAAAUUACGAACAAUCACUACUACCCUAAGAGAGGUUAUGUUUUACUUUUUAAUCACUCAUUGUCAAAUAUAAUCAGCUGAUUGGUGUCCGGUAAAACUCAUUACAGUACAGUAGUACGUAAUGAAACCCCAUUUGAUUAAGCUGGCGGCAAACAGCUGUGUUUUCUAGACUAAAUCCUUGCGUGGGAAGUCUGUUAAAACAGUGUAGUGUGGCGUAAAAGUAUUUUUGUAUAUUUUAAAUUGAAAAAGUUAAACACUUGCGAUAUACAAUAAUUUUUUUAUGUUUUUGUUUUUCUUGAUACAAUUAACUGAGCAAUUUGAUAAGAAUUAAAUUUGGCUUUAACAUAAUGAUUUUAUUUCAAUUUGUCUUUCACCGAUUGUUUUAAGCAAUAAUGAGAUCGAAUUGUACACAAGAGGAUGAAUUCUAAAUUUAAUUAUAUUAUAUUUUGUAAAAUGUUAUUAAAUGGAAGCUUUGACUAUUGGUUGGUAGAACUAGACAAACCAUCCUUAAGUGAGUUGAGCCAACGGCAGAGUGCACUGGUCAAUCUGGUAGCAUCUUUUUUGACACAUCAACUAUCUCUGUAAGAAAAACUAACAGAAUAAAUAUAACUAGAUGUUACUGCUCUCUGUGAUUGGCUCAUUCAACAAAGUGUGUUUUGAAUUAAGAUGCUGGUCCAUAUAGAUGGGAUAUCCUCAGUAUCUAAAAGUCAAUAGUGGAAGACAAAGAGAAGAGCCAGGCGCGAUUAACUCACUCUUCAAUCAAUUGAUGAACAUAAUCCCUCUUAUUUAUUUCUCAAUAAGUCUAUUGAACUAUGAUGUAUAUUUAGCCUAAUAACUAAACAGAGAUAUGUGUAUAAUAUUGUAAUAAAUUACCAAAAUGCCAAAAGCCAACUGAAUCAAGAAUUUUCGUACAAAAAACUGUAAAUAAUCAUGCAGUCAUCCAUUAAGAUAUACUUUGAAUGUGUUUAAACAUUUUGUUCUUAAUGAUAUAUGGACAGAUAGCAAGUUAACAUAGGAGUAUUGUAAAUAUGUUUUGUAGGUGUCCGCCUGCCUGAGAUCUAGGUGUGUAAAUAUCUUAGCCCAGCAGUCCUACAAAUUUGAUUAUCUUUCCAUUGUUAUCUACAUUCGUCUCCCUUACAAAAGCCUCAUUUCACACUAAUAAUGUGAUCUAUUUUGUACAAGUAGGAAACUGAAUAAAUGAAAUAAGCCCAUAGAA